AUGCACGACCUCUGUUCCCAUCCCGAAAUCGAGUUUCGAGCUGCAGAACUCGUCAGGAAUGGUCCCAUUGUCGACGUCGAAAUUGAGGACCGGCAAGGUUCUAACACGCUUGUGGAUGUGUUGGAAAUUCAUCAAGACAAAGUCGAGUGGAGAUUGAACCUAGACCAUGGGGGCCUUUUAGAUCUUGUCCCAUACGAAAACAACCCUCUCAAUGAGCCACAGCCCUUGAGGAUAUUCUUUUUCGAAGAUUUCAGCUUCCUCUCUCAACAUGCCCCUGAUCAGUACCCAUACACCGAAGUAAACUCAACCGGGCAUUGGAUGCGACAACUUUUCGGCGUUUCUCCGCUGUUCCUUACAGUAGCGACGCGUGUAUAUGGAGAAAUCAGGGGGAAUGACUGCUUCGUCAGGCGGGAUGCUCAGAGUCGCCCAGUUGCCCUAGAUGGUUUUUACCAUUUCUCUAUGGGAAAGGGCAGAUCGACUUCCAUCUGGUUCUCUCACAGCCUCUUAAAGAACGGAAGCUCAACCUACAUUGUCCACAAGUUCCCAGAGGAUGCGAGGAGUGUUCUUCUAAAGUGUUCUCAGCAAAGGGAACCUGAGCUACUGCGCCGCCCCUUGGCAAUUGAUGCAUUCCUCGCUGAAUGCAUUUUACUUCACUGGGAGAGAGCCUGGGAUGGGCACGCCGCGCAGCUUAAACAGUAUGAAUCAGAAUCUAAAUCCUCCAUGACCCCAUCCGAAACCGCCCAUGCGAUCGAAAGUCUUCACUACCUAUCCCGGUCCCUGUACGGCCUCCAAGGACACCUAGCUGAUUUUCUGGACACCAUCCAACACUUUUACGGCAUCCAGCAAAGCUUCUUGCGCUGCGCUGGCACCGACGCGGACGAGCUGGCCAAUUCUGCGAACGAAUCACUUGAUUUUCUGCAAUCGAAGGCGAAUUUUGUCACUCGCUGGACCGGUAUUCAUCGUGAACGUGUCGGCGUCCAAAUAGACCUUUUCUUCAAUUUGGCAAACCAACUUGACAGCCGGACUAAUCUCGAAAUCGCGAAGCUGACGUCCAAAAUAUCAGUCUCUACCCAACGCGACAGCUCGGCGAUGAUCACGUACGACCAUCCUUUCUCCGCACUUUUAUAUCCGUAUGCUCCUUUCCUCUUGCUUCGUGCAAACGUCAAUGACUUGGGUGGACAGGCAUUCUUCAGCAUGGUAUUCUUCGACACGCAGCCUGACGCACGUGGACACCCUACCCUCAUCGUCGGACCUCAACUGUGGAUUUAUGUCGUCGCCACCAUAAUGCUGACAAUCCUUGUCCUCUGCACCUGGGGUUCAUGGCAAUAUCGCCGCGUCCGGCGACAUGCGAAGAGCCUCGACGUUGAGACCCUUGCUGGCAUUUCCGUUAACGGAAACGACGACAAAAUCCAGCUCAUAGCAAUGAAGGAGAAACCCGAAUGA